GGUUCCCGGUGCGCGCCCCCGCUUGCGCGUUCCCGUCGAACCGCUUGUGGUCCCGCCCAUCACGUGACGUCACCGCCCGUCGGCAAGAGAGCAAUGGCGAUGCUGGACAAAAACAGGAGAGCCCGUCCGGGUUGUGUGGCGGGGAGCCCUCCGUCGACGCACAUGUGAAUGAUUUUUCUCUUUCUGCUGACAAUGACAGCUCAGCGACACUCAAUCUAGCCUGGUGUGACCGGACGUGUGAUCGGGCAGGAUGGCCUCUCAGGAGCCGUCGCCUCCAUCGUCCAUGGAGAGCAACAAGCCGGGCUUCCCCAAGAAGAUCCUGGGCAACAAGCUGGAGGACAAGCACCUGUGCAACUGCUGCCACAACAUCCUCCGGCGGCCCGUCCAGGCACAGUGCGGCCACCGCUUCUGCUCGUACUGCUUCAACCUGGCCGUCAGUAACGGACCGCACAAGUGCAACGCUUGUAUCAAGGAGGACAUUUUUGAAGAACCAACGUCGAUCCUGAAACAAGGAUGUGCUUUUCCUGACAACGCAGUUCGCAGGGAAGUGGAAAACCUCUCUGCGGCUUGCAUUAACGAAAGUUGCACCUGGAGAGGAACCAUCAAGGAUUACGAGCUGAACCACGAGGGCAAGUGUGAGUUCAUGAUCGUCCCAUGCCCGUCCUGCAAGGAGCGAAUUCGUUUCAGCGAGCAGGAGCGCCACAGCGAGCGCGAGUGUCCGGAGAGGACACUCAACUGCAAGUACUGCAAGGAGCCCUUUCACUUCAAAAACAUCAAGGCGCAUGAUGAGAUCUGUCCCAAGUACCCGAUGAUCUGCGAGGGUUGCGCCAAAAAGAAAAUACCCAGGGAGAAGUACGUGGACCACAUUAAGUUCUGCAGCAAAUUCAGGACGCCGUGUCGCUUUCACGUCGUCGGAUGCGACAUGUCUGUUGAGAAAGAGAAGACCCAUGACCACGAGCGUGCUUUUGCCUACGAGCACCUCAACCUGCUGCUGCACUACAUCAUGGGCAUGAAGGUGAGCAUGGAGGGGCUGCAGCCGCAGGGUCUGGAGGUGGCGGGACACAAACUGGUGGAACUGCAGCAGUCCCUCAGGGAACUGGAGGCCCGUGUCUCCCAGCUCAGCACCACCUCCUCCGGGCCUCCCGUGCAGGGAGCCGCCGCCUCCUCCUCCUCCGGCUCGGGCUCGUGCGCCUCGGCCCCCCUGCCCCCACCUCCCACUCUGGCGCCCACCCUCUCCGUGUCUACCUCCUUCACGCCACUGCCCAGCUCGGUGGGUGCGGCACUGGAGCUGCAGCUCCACAGCGAGAAGACCAAGGUGGCUGAGCUGGGCCGCCGAUGCACUGAGCUGGAGGUAAAGUCUGGCACCUUUGAAAACGUGGUGUGCGUCCUAAACAGAGAAGUGGAGCGUUUCGCCACCACCAUGGAGGCCAGCAACCGCCAGCACAAGCUGGACCAGGACAAGAUUGAGGCUCUGAGUAACAAGGUGCGGCAGCUGGAGAGGACGGUGGGGCUGAAGGACCUGACGGUGGCAGAGAUGGAGGGUCGGCUCAGGGAAAUGUCUGCCACGACCUUUGACGGCGUCUUUGUCUGGAGGAUCUCUGAUUUUGCCAAAAAGAGACAGGAUGCCAUUGCAGGUCGUGCCCCAGCCAUGUUCUCGCCAGCCUUCUACACCAGCAAGUACGGCUACAAGAUGUGUCUACGCAUCUAUCUGAACGGAGACGGGACGGGGCGAGGCAGCCACCUGUCCUUGUUCUUUGUGGUUAUGAGAGGACUUAGCGACGCUCUGCUCAAAUGGCCCUUCAACCAAAAGGUGACGCUGAUGCUGCUGGACCAGAGCAACCGUGAGCACAUCAUUGACGCCUUUCGCCCCGACGUGACCUCCUCCUCCUUCCAGCGGCCCGUGAGCGAGAUGAACAUCGCCAGCGGCUGUCCACUCUUCUGCCCGCUCUCCAAGCUGGACGCCAAAAACUCCUACAUCCGCGACGACACCAUCUUCAUUAAGACCAUCGUGGACCUCACUGGCCUCUAGAGGGGCCCCUGCAGGGGUGCUUGGCUUCCAUUAUGAGGCGUCUCCUUGAACCGGAGCUUUGUGGUAAGCUUCAUUUUAGCUCCACGGUGAUCCCCACGGGGCGCCGUUAGCGUCCCCUUUGCAGCUUUAGGGAGACAAAACGGUUUGCUCAGCCCGGACGCCGCGGUUGCGGUUGUCGGCGAGAACAUCCGUCAUCACUGUUUGUGUCAGGUGCUGCACUUUUCCACAUUUUCUUUCCACAUCCCCGGAACGUCACGGCACUCGGGUUUUUGCUUGCAGGACACCAGAGCGGCAGGUUGGGGGUGGUGUUAAGCGGACAUCCGAGAGCGGUCCGCACAGUGUUGUGGUGAUAGAUGAUUACAAGGUGGAGUUUUUGCUUCUUCUUCUUCAGAUUGUCGGUAUCGUGAGCCUUCUUCAUUCUCGUGUUGAGUACAUUUUGCAUAGACAAACGUGGAGUUAUGUGAUCAACAAGGCUUUUCUUUCUUUGAACGUGCAUGCUGAGUGUGAAGUGCGCCUUAUCUCCAUGGAGCGUAGUAGCAGACAUCUUGCCUGCAUGUCGGGUUAGUGUUAGAGGCAGGGUUAGGGUUAGAAAAUUAGAAGCAGGGUUAUGGUUAGAAGCAGAGUUAGGGUUAGAGCAGGUUUGGGUUUAGGGUUAGAAGGUUAGAAGCAGGGUAAGGGUUGGAAGAAAGGUUUAGGGUUAGAGACAGGGUUAGAAAAUUAGAAGCAGGGUUAAAGUUAGGGUUAGAAGCAGGGUUUGGUUUAGGGUUAGAAAGUUAGAAGCAGCGUAGGGGUUAGAAGAAAGGUUAGGGAUAGAGGCAGGGUUAGAAAAUUAGAAGCAGGGUUGGGUUUAGGGUUAGAAGGUUAGAAGCAGGGUAAGGGUUGGAAGAAAGGUUUAGGGUUAGAGACAGGGUUAGAAAAUUAGAAGCAGGGUUAAAGUUAGGGUUAGAAGCAGGGUUUGGUUUAGGGUUAGAAAGUUAGAAGCAGCGUAGGGGUUAGAAGAAAGGUUAGGGAUAGAGGCAGGGUUAGAAAAUUAGAAGCAGGGUUGGGUUUAGGGUUAGAAGGUUAGAAGCAGGGUUAGAAGAAUGGUUAGGUUUGGGGUAAGGGUUAGUGUUACAAAAUUAAAAGCAGGGUUAGGGUUAGAAUCUAAGUUAAAGUUAGCGUGAGAAGCAGGGUCCAGGUGAGGGUUAGAAGGAUAGAAGCCUCCAUCCGUUUGACGUUCGUGCUCGUUCCGACUUGGGGUUGUGACCGGUGCUUUGGUACAUCUGUGGAAGAUACAGUGGAGUUAGCGAGGUGUCCGAGGCGCAGACACGUGUUUUUGUCCCUGUGACGGACACACACAGCCGGAGUUGUCGUAAACCCCCACAACCCCCCUGCGAAACGCUCACUUGCUCGCACCUAGACAGGUGGCGCUAUUUUGCCAUGACGACCUCUCCCCUACAGAGUCCGUCGAGAGAAGGAGCUCUGUUUUCUGUGAUUGCGAUGCUCCUGAGCUGUUGUGUGAUUCUAAUAAUAUAUACCAUUUGUUGGCGCAUCUGAAAUGAGACAAAAAAAACAAAGAUUGUCGUACUUUGUGGCACUGUAGGUUGACUAAAUAGCAGCUUGAUUGUGUUCCGCUUUUUGAACUCUUUAGGGGUUUUCCCGCUGGCCUGUUUUCAAACCAGUCUCGACCUGUAUUGAAGCCUCUCUGUGCAUGGGAGGCUUUAAUUCCUAAGCAUUUAUUUGUAUUUGUUUGGAGGAGAAAUAUGGUAGAAUAGCUAUUAUGUUAUACCUGGCCACGCCCUGACAUCAGAGGCGUCGGCAUAUAUAGUCACAGCAAUGUAUAAAUACGUAUAUUUCAUAUCAUAAUGCUGAAAUAAUCUAUAUAUCUGUGUUAAUAUGUAUUAUAAUAAUAGUAUUACUGAAUACGCUAUUAAUUCUAUAUCUAUAUAUCAUGUGUUUUGUUUGUCGAGAUGGUUUAAACAGGCCAGAGCCGAUCCUGUUAGUGCAGUAUGACUCCUGCUUAGAGUGCAAUAUGAUAUUUUGAAGGGUUUACACAAGGGGUGACUUAUUCAUGGCUGUUUGUUUACAUUGCAGCAAGCCACUUUGAACUUUCCCAGUGACCAUGUUGCGGAUGACGCAAAUAGGUUAGAAAAUUGUUUCUGUGUCAAAAAUCCUUGUAUGCUUCGUGGGUUCAUAAGCAAGCAUGCAAACAAGCAUUACAAUUACAGGAUUAAAAACAAUGAUAACUUCAUGUCGUGCCAAAAUCAAGUAUUACCUCCAUGUUGUGUUGUUAUUUUUCACCUUCUAUGCCAACAUGUUGCCAAAUAUGAGCUGCUGUUUAUUUGUUUAUUUUGUGUGGAUGCAGUUUCAAAUGAUGCAUGGGUCACUGGCACCAGAGGAGUUUCAUUUUUAUUAUUUUUUUUAUAUAUCCACAUAUUACAGUUACUCCCAUGUAAUCUGAAUGUAACCCUUUACACCAGUGACAACAAAUAACUAUUCUGUCAUGUAAUGCAGUUGACUGGGAUCAACUUUCUUUGUGCACUUUGCAUUUAGUUCAAACAGGGUAUUUCUUUUUAUUUCAAUGUAUUUAUGUACCUUGAAGUCAGAGCCAUAGAAGUAUUCUCAUGUUGAUAUAUGUUGAUGUGUCACGCUAAAAAGGAACUUGCAGUCUGUAAUAAAAGUUUGGUGA